AUGGACUACGAUUCCCCUGAAGACCUCGAUCGAACCGAUUUUCCGCCCGUCAACAUGCCUUCCGUCCGAGACAUCGCCGCCGAUGCUUUCAUCCGCGAAUAUGCCGGCCACUUGAAACGAUCAGGCAAGAUCGAAGUGCCUACAUGGGUGGAUAUUGUCAAGACCGGCCCCUGCAAGGAGCUUGCCCCAUACGACCCUGACUGGUACUACGUCCGAGCUGCUGGUGUCGCUCGUCACAUUUAUCUUCGAAAACACGUCGGAGUUGGCGCCCUUGCCAAACUUCACGGAACUGCCAAGAACCGAGGAAACCGACCCAGCCACCACGUGGACGCCUCCCGAUCAAUUGAAAGGAAGAUUCUGCAAGGCCUUGAGAAAAUCGGAGUGCUUGAGAAGGACCCUAGAGGCGGUCGACGGGUAUCGCAAGAUGGGCAGCGAGACUUGGACCGUAUUGCUAGCAACAUUGCUGAACAACUCAGGUCCGGCGGAGAUGAAGAUGACGAAGAGUGA